AUGGCCCCCAAGGAGGAUAACAAGGCCACCGUGACCGUCAACAUUGACGAGUUCACCAGGACUCGCGACAGUGUCCUCGUUAGCCUGACGCAACUCAACUCCGCAGUCGCAGACUUGUCGCGCGCCUACAUUAACCACGCCAAUACCGUCCUGGGUCGCAAGCCCGAGGACUUCGACCUGGGCAUUAUUAACAGCGGCAUCACCAACGCCCUGUACCAAAAUGGCAUAAUCACCCGUCCCUCCAGCCCCGGCGCCAAGUCCGAGGCUGGCGGUGACAAGAAGAAGCGCAAGCGUCACCACGACCCUAACGCCCCUAAGCGGGCCUUGACCCCGUACUUCUUGUACAUGCAGCACAACCGGCCGCAGAUCCAGAAGGAGCUCGGCGGUGACGGCGUCAAGCCCAAGGAUGUUGCUGAAGAGGGUACUCGUCGUUGGGGGAACAUGAGUGAUGCUGAGAAAUCUGUCUGGAAGAAAAUCUAUCUAGAGAAUCUCGAAAAGUACCGCCAGCAAAUGGAUGAGUACAAGGCUCAGAAGGAGCAAAAGGCCCAUGAGCAUGACCAAGCGGCCAGCUCCCAGCUGCAGCAGGAGGCUAUUGCCGAGCCGUCGCAGGCCGGUUCAGAUGACGAGACUGAUCAGUCCGAGGAGGAAGAGGGCGAAGAGGAAACCCCUCACCAGGCCCAGGCCGAGUCCGAGCCCGAGGAGGCUACUCCUGAACCCCCCAAGCAGCCAUCGCCCCCGCGCAGUAGCAAGCAGCGUCGUCGCAGCGAUGCCGCCAAGACCUCCAAAGCGGCUGAGGAGUCUCCCGUUGCGGCCAAGUCCCCCGAGAAGAAGAAGCGCACCAGUGCUCGCAAGGAGAAGGAGCAAGAGCCUCCUGCUUCUACUCGCAAGACUACCGAGACCAAGCGUCCUCGGAAGAAGAGAAAGAGCGAUGCCGGCGACGAGUAA